UCUAUGCUGUUCUUUUUUGUCUUCAUUACAUUUGAACGUCUUCGGGAUGAACUUUUAAGACGCGGUUCGAUUUCGGGCUGUUCUGUCCUCCGCGUCGGCGACAGUCGAGACUCUGGCUCCACCUGGCGGUAGCUUUGGGCAGCGCGGUUUGACUCGUCUGUCAGUUCGCCGGAGCGAAGCGCUCGAGGAUCAGGAACGAAAUCUGAAAUACGAGGAGCUGCCCGCCUUGCUCACAUGUACCUAUCUGACCAUUCCUCCGAAUAGACUUCAUUUUAUUUCUGAACACGAAUACAUUAUUUGUAAUAAAAUACAGUAGUUAUCAGAACUUGAAAUUCAUUCGGAAAGGAAUUAUUAUGGCGUCUAUUGGAGACUUUGAUCCGCUCCGCUCCAGCGUACCCGCAACUAAGAUUGAAGUUACAGUUUCCUGCAGGAACCUGCUGGACAUGGACACGUUCUCCAAGUCAGAUCCUGUGGUCGUGCUUUAUGUUCAGAGUAUCGGCACAAAGGAGUGGAGGGAGUUCGGUAGAACGGAGGUGAUUGAAAACACACUGAACCCCGAUUUUGUGCGGAAAUUCGUGCUGGAUUUCUUCUUCGAGGAGAAGCAGAACCUGCGCUUUGACGUGUACAAUGUGGAUUCCAGAAGCUGUAAUAUUUCGAAACAUGACUUCCUUGGACAGACAUUUUGCACACUGGGGGAAAUCAUUGGCUCAACAGGUGGUCGUCUGGAGAAGACGCUCUCGGGGAUUCCAGGAAAGAGAUGUGGGACUGUCAUUCUGACUGCCGAGGAGCUCAGCAACUGCCGGGACCUUGCUACCAUGCAGUUCUGUGCUAACAAGCUAGACAAGAAGGAUUUCUUUGGAAAGUCUGACCCCUUCCUAGUGUUCUACCGCAGUAACGAGGAUGGAACGUUCACCAUCUGCCACAAGACUGAGGUCGUAAAGAACACGUUGAAUCCAGUCUGGCAGCCCUUCACCAUCCCGGUUCGGGCGCUGUGUAAUGGCGACUACGACAGAACAGUCAAGGUGGAUGUUUAUGACUGGGACAGAGAUGGCAGCCAUGACUUCAUCGGAGAGUUCACCACCAGCUACAGAGAACUGUCUCGGGGUCAGAGCCAGUUUAAUGUCUAUGAGGUAUUAAAUCCGAAAAAGAAAAGCAAAAAGAAAAAAUAUAUGAACUCUGGGACAGUCACGCUCCUGUCCUUCAAAGUGGAGUCUGAACACACCUUUGUGGACUACAUUCGCGGAGGGACACAGCUGAACUUCACUGUGGCCAUAGACUUCACUGCGUCUAAUGGGAACCCCUCCCAGCCGACAUCCCUGCACUACAUGAACCCAUACCAGCUGAACGCCUAUGCCAUGGCGCUCAAGGCUGUGGGGGAGAUCAUUCAGGACUACGACAGUGACAAGCUAUUCCCCGCUUACGGCUUUGGUGCCAGGCUGCCCCCAAAUGGCAAGAUCUCUCAUGCAUUCCCCUUGAACACCGACAGUGAGAACCCAAACUGUUUGGGGAUCGAAGGAGUUUUAGAGGCUUAUUUCGAGAGUCUCAGAACAGUACAGCUGUAUGGACCAACCAACUUUGCUCCUGUCAUCAACCAGGUGGCCAGGGCGGCCGCCGGCAUGACAGAUGGAUCUCAGUACUUUGUCCUGCUUAUGAUCACGGACGGCGUCAUUUCUGACAUGGUGCAGACCAAGGAGGCUGUGGUCAACGCUUCUGCGUUGCCCAUGUCCAUCAUCAUAGUGGGUGUUGGCCCAGCUGAGUUUGAUGCAAUGGAGGAGCUGGAUGGCGAUGAUGUCAGAGUGUCCUCUAGGGGGCGCCUGGCUGAGAGAGACAUUGUGCAGUUUGUGCCAUUCCGCGACUACAUCGACCCGGCAGGGAACCAGGUUCUGAGCAUGGCGGGUCUGGCUAAAGACGUGCUGGCGGAGAUCCCUGAGCAGCUCCUAUCCUUCAUGAAGUCGAGGGGAGUGGAGCCCCGUCCCGCCCCAGCUACAAGCACAGCCCCCCCACCGCACACGCGGCCCUGAUCAGACGAGAAGAAGGAACGGACUGCCACCAAAAUGAUUUCCUGCCCAACCCCCCCCCCCCCCUGCGCUUCUGCUUUCUCGUACCCAUAAAAUUGUCUUGCGUCAAAGAUAACCAUAGUGUGCAAACAUAUCGUCGCAUAUCUACUACCUAGACCCACAAGCGACUCAUAUUAACCAUUACGAAACCAAAGCUAGCUGACCUGCAGCCCUAUGGCCAAAUGCUAAACUACAUCUUAUGUGAUCAGAUCAUACUAUUCCAAUAUAGGGAUUUCUAGACCUUUGCAGUAAAAAUGAAAUAAAUAUCAGGUGUUUCCUCACCCUUCUUAUCUUCCUGGACGUUAUCAGUCAUCACUGGUAUUAUUCGACAGUGACUAGUCUGGGUAAGAUCAGUACCGGCAGUUUACUAAUGCUGUUAUAUUAGUUUUCUUGACGUCGUUUUGAUUGACAAAAGGCAGUUGACUAAAGGGAGGGACCGUUCACCGCACCGUAACACUGACCCAGUAAGAUGCAUGCGAAGGGUCAGGCUAGUUCUCUGUUACUCUCCAGGGACUCGAGGAUGUUGUUGUUGGGUAUUUUUUAAGAAAAAGAAGGUACCCAAGCAGAACCUGGGAGGGGUGUUCAUUAGUGUGUCUUCCCCCACCCCCACACUGCGAGGGCGUGAUCACCUGCUGAAUUGCAAAUCCCUGCCUGAGCGCACACCCCCAGCCGACUGAGCGAGGCAGAGGAGCACACAGCUGCCGUAGAAGACCUCCCCGAGGGGGGGGUACAGCUGAGCGCUACCCCGCUAUGUGGGGGUGUGUCUCCAUGCUUCCAGGGCGAGGAUGAUCAUCAGUGUAAAUACGACACCCGCUUUCAAAGACAUUCAUGCGAAGCAAACAUACAAAUAUACAGACACACAUGAUAUAUUCUACGUUGUGUGUGUGGGUGUUAAUCAUUUUAAAUAUUUUAUUUUUGUAAAUCAUACCUUGAAGAUAUAAAGUAAUGGUCAAAGAAGAACAAUUUUUAAAAAUUGGAUCUUUUGGAAUUAUUCAAUUAUGGUAUUAAAGAUUUAAUUAGUUCUCUCCCCUUAUUAUUAUUGGCCAGUAUUAAAUUUGAAUGGCAGCACAACUCUUCCUAAUGUCACCAUUAAAAAAUAACUAAUCAACACCAAAAUUUAAGUACGUGGCAUCAGUCUUAAACUAUGCAUCGUCCAAAUAGACUUUUCUGCAUUCAUUCCCUGAUUCUCUCUUCUGGGCUCAUGUGAUCGUUUGAACAGCACAUCAAUGAAUGAUUAUUGGAUUUGGGAAAUGCUGGAGAGGUUGAAAAGGGCUCCAGUGCCCCCUAGUGGAGACACAAAUUCAUAAUCUCAAAUGUAGACUCGCUUUAAAAAUCCUUUCACAAAGUAAGAAUGCCAAACAUUCAAGACCACGCUUUAUUAGAUGAAGCCUUUAUUAUCUUCUGAUAGCUGAUUUUCAUUUUAGAUUUGUCCUUGCAUAUAAAACGUGUUUCUUGAAUAUUAGCAUUGCAGUGCUGUGGACUGUCACAUACUGUAUCAGCCCUCCCCCCAACUUUUACCAGUAAAAGAGAAAAAGUAGUUAUUACAGUAUGUGCCUGUCAGACAGACAUGGCACAUGCCAUCUUACGUUUUGGUCCGUAGGUUACAUGGUUGAAGUUAAUGCUGGGUGUUACAUUAAUAUUGCAGUCCAUCUGUAUAACUCAAGGCCUGUGAUUUUCAGGGUAGUAAAUGCCACACUAUCACUGGGUUUAAAGUUUUUUGUAACAAUCAACAGAAUAAGUUGUUGAAAGGUGAAUGAAUUGAUUAACACUGCCAGUUUUUGUGUCUUUUGUCUCUGGUGUCUGGCAGUACUUCCUGGGUUUCUGGUGUCCCGAAAUUUUAAGCUACACCUUCUCCUGCUCACUGUGUGAAAGAUGGGGCAUACAUUUUACAAAUCGUGGUUAUUAUAUUUUGCACAUGUCUGUGGUUUAACUUUUCAAAGGGUCACAGCCGGAUGUCACGGGCUUACAAUGUGGCCCUUAACCGCUCAUCUUUCCCUUAAAACAAGUUACACCACGUGAGGCAGCUAUUUCCACAUGACGUCUGAAAAAGUUAAAGGAAAUGGACCUGAUAUGAAGUUUGUAAUCUGUGGCCUUAUUUUAUUUUCUACGUGUCUGUUUUGGAGGAACUAGAGUUCUUUUGCAAAUACGUUUUUGGUGUGUGUGUGUGGUUUUUUUUGUUCAUUCUUUCAUUUAUUCAUUCAUUCACUCGUUCGUUAGUUAUGGGGACUGAAUGCAGUUACUUCCAUGCGCUCUGGAGUUUCUAUUACUGCUUGGGCUGCGGCUGAAUCGUUAAAUCCGUCUUUUGUUGGGCAGAUAACACGGUUCGCAAUGCAUGGAUGAAAAUGACAGACCGCUUCGCACUAUCACCUUUUCCACUGUGAUCGUUACACAUCAGUGAAAUACCAAGAAAAUACGGUAUAGGCUAUGUGAAUUUAUAGACGCAUAACGUAAAAAGCUUUAUAUUAAAAAAAAAAAAACACGUGUGGAAGGUUUCAACUGCAGUGAAUGUUAAUUACAGGACAUUAUUUUGUUGUUUAUGCUCAUUCUCGUGUAUAUAUUUAUAGUAACUGCCAUUUUAGUAUAUAAAGUUAAUGUAACGUAGUUUGCUACGGAUAGUAUUUUUGAAGAAAAAUGGUUUACGCCUAUAUAUUUAACUAAGAUAACAUAGAAACGAUCAUACGCGCCAUGUGCAAUUUGUGUCUGUAGCGAUGUUUAGACGUACGUGUUACUGAAAUGUCUUAAGGUAGAUCAUAAAAUCCAUUAUAAGCAGUGGUUUGUGUGCUGUAAAGGUUAAUAAUGCCCAUUUAAUCCGUUGCAAAUCUACUUCGUUUCGCUACGUUGUUGACACGCAGAACACAGCUGAAACUGUCACAUCUAUACAUGCGGUGUUACAUUCCCCAGGCUUUAUCCUAUCAAUUAAACUUUUGGAAAAAACAAUUCAACGAAAUUGCGUAAGAAAACCAUCGACAUUAAGUACGCUUUGUCUACAUAUAUGAUUAUAUCAAUAUAAGAGCCUUUUUGAGAUUUUUUUGUCGGAUUUUCUAUAUAUUGUGGCAAAUAAUUUGGAAAGAACAUUCCAGUGGCUCAACGUUGCCAAUUUGCAGCUUCCUUCUAUGAAUGUAAAGAUACCAGGCAAUAUUAAAGCACUUUAAACGGAACAAUGGUGUCUUCUUUUAUCUACUUUAAAUCUGUUCAUUUCCUGGAUGACUAGUCGGCAAAUAUAUCGUGCAGUCUCCUUGUUUAAGGUAUAUUCGGACGAAAGAAAAAGCCAAAUAAGGCACGAUUUGUUAGGAUCAUCUAUCUUUAUUAUGUAACAAGAUUUACUGCGGCAAAAAUGAAAAGCUUCCAUUACGAUUCUGGAAAAUAUAUAACUGACAAAAUGUUACUUAUGGAAUUUAAAUACACACAAUAUUGUUUUCAUCGUAAUGCCCCGUAAAGUUGCCCCCUUGGGAGUAGUAUGUUCGUGAUCUAUUAUUUACCUCCAGUGGUGGAAAUUU